AUUUUAUCAAUAUUUAACGGUGAAUUUGCGAACUGAUUGUCUAAUAUUGUUUAUGCAAAUAUGCAUUUAUUCGCUAAACUUUUCAUUUUCUCUUGUGUUGUCGUUUACAUCUCUGCUGCUGCAUUAUCUGAUGAUCUCUACCAAGGUGAUCUCAUUGAUGAUGAUGGAAUCAAUCCAGACAAUGUUGUCGAAGAUUCUGACUCUGAUGUAGCACGACCACGGCCACGACGAUUCAGCUGUGAUCUAUUUUCAUUCCAAUCUCAAUGGGCUACUCCAAAUCAUAGUGUUUGUGCCAUGCGGUGCAUUGCAACUGGAAAAAAGGGUGGCACCUGUCAGAAUGGUGUCUGUCACUGUCGUGGACGUUGGUGGGGAAAAUAAUUUACCAACAUUACUAAUAUCGAUACCAAAGUAGCACCAAAUUGUAAAUUUCAUUAACACUAUCGACUGCCAAGUCAAAUUAUUAGAUUAAUAUUUAACAGUCUACUACACUCUUCGAUUAAAUUUUAACCUGAGCCAUCAAAGUACUUGACUUUGUAUGAACCAUGUUUUAUAAUCAGAUUAUCAACAUUGCCCACAGUUUGGCCAAGUAUGCAUGCAGUGUGGUCUAUGAUAUUACUCUGUGUAAAGAUAGUUUAAUUGAUCAAGUCAACAGUAAAAUGGAUUAAUCGAAAAUCAAUCAUUUAUAUCCAACUGAUAAACAGAAAUUCAAUAUUAUUGACGUUAUUUACUCUUAUGGUUUUUCCCGAAUGACAUUGAAAAUGAGGUAAUUGAAGAGAAAAAUAUUAUUCUUCUAAAAAUAAAGAAAAAUUUGAUCAAAUAGCUUUCAAAAUUCUCUGAUAAUUGCAUUUUAAUAUUUAUGAUGCUACAUAAAUUUAUGUAAAUUUUUCAUAACUGUACAAGCAGUUAACUUUGAUUUUGAACGUUAAUGAUGGGUAUUGUCAUAGAUAUGAUCAAUCAAUUAAAGUGCGAAUUUCAAUAAUCUACUUGUUGGUAAAAGUGUGUUAUUUGAAAUUAAUAUUGUAAUAAUAAACGAACAGUUAUAUAAUAAUGAAAAUAAUACAUAAAAUAUAAUACAAA